CGACCAGCAACCACAUCACAUCACAUCACAUCUCUCUCUCCUCUCCAUCGGAAUCUGUCCAGUCCACGACUCACGCAUUCACCAUGUCUCUCAAGAACGACGCUUUCCCUUCCUCCGCCGCUUUCGACGUCAUCAACUCAGUGCUCCAGUCCGACGAGGCUGAGCGCAAGGACGCCGUCAAGAAGGGCGGCGCCGUCUUCGCUUUUAACCUCACCAAUGCCGAGGGCAAGCAAGAGGCCUGGUACAUUGACCUCAAGAACACGGGCGAAGUUGGCAAGGGUUCCGCUCCCGCUGGUGGAAAGGCCGAUGUCACCCUCACUCUCUCCGACGAGGACUUCGGCUCCCUCAUCUCCGGCAAGGCCAACGCUCAGCGUCUCUUCAUGGGCGGCAAGCUCAAGAUCAGGGGCAACAUCAUGAAGGCAACCAAGAUGGAGCCCAUCCUCAAGAAGGCCCAGACCAAGGCCAAGUUGUAAAUGCGAUUUCGCAUCAUUGCGGGGUCUUGUCCUUCCCCUGUUUUUCAGCUGGUCAAUGGAUUUCAGUGAAAUGAGGGAGUUGGAAUAGAGGAGGCAGAAAAAGCUUCAGGGGUAGAGAGGAAUACGUGUUCCUGAGUUCAUCCAAAGAGAAGACGAGGGACGGUCUACAGGCUAUGAAUUCUUAUGACUUGCCUUCCUAUUCUCUUACUGUUUUGGUUGCGACCAUAUAUUUGAUAUCGGUCUUGUAUAGUACUCCGGGCUUGGUGCAGUGAGAGCCAUCUCAUCAGUCUUGGGGGUUUUUCUUGCUGCAUGCAUACAUUUCUUGCUCCAUGCAUGCAAUAAAUGAAUCAUGA